AAGAGAGCGAGGUUCGUGCGUGGAUGUCGUACUUGGGCGAGUGCCGCAUGUACACUGUUUAAGUGUGAGGAGAGUAACAUACGGAGGGAACAUUGGAGCACGGUUACCUGGGGAAUGUUGUGAGGAAUUGUCUGAAGCGUCAAUAGUGGGCGGUCGCCGGGUGGCAGCGGCCGAGCCGCGCCUGGCCGGCCCCAUCAGUCGGCGCGUGACGGCCGUGGAGUGUGUGGGCGCGAGGCGGGGCACCGGAGACGCGCCGGACCAUGCGGGGCGGCCGCGCUCCAGCCGAGAGCCUGCUGCUGCUGACGCUCAUCAGCGGAGGACUGGUCAGCUCUGCCGCAGCGGACGACGGGCCGUGCAAUCUGGCGGACGAGUACCUGGACCCGGCCAACAACUACCAGUAUGUGUACAAUGGGACGGUGGAGUUGCUGCACUCGGUCGCUGGCCAUACCUCGGCGGCCGGCUUCUCUUUCACGUGCGUGGUCGUCAUCAACGGCGAGCAGCCCUGUUACCACUCGCUGCAGCUGUCUAUGUGCAGUCUGGAUGACCGGACGACACACGCCGACAAGGCGGCGCGCCAGCACAGCUUCAACCGGCUCCUGAAAAGAGGUCAUAUCCACUUCCGGCUGGCUGCCUCCGAGCUGGAGCAGGUGUACGUGGACCCGGAGGAGGCGGCCUUCAUCACCAAUGUGCGGCGCGGCUUCCUGCACGUGCUGCGCAUCAGCCGGCCACGGCUCGAGAGGCCGGGCAAGACGGUGGACGGCGACUGCGAGUGGACUGUUAGCCGCACUCCUUCCGGCCGCCAGCGGGUGGAGCGGUCCCGGGGCUGCGACCCGGCACAGAAUCAGCCCAGUGUGCUCUCACCCUUCUCACCGAUUUCCUCCCUGCGGGUGCUGGAGGACCAGCUGGCGGUGUCGUCGGCCUGCGAGUACGAGGCCGAUUGGGGCGAGCUGCGCGCCGCCGCCUGCCGCCAGACGUGGCAGCUGCACCCUCCCGGCCGGGCCGCCGCCGACCUCGUCCAGGUGGUGGUCACGCAGGACCUGAGUCUACUGUCGACGCGCGCCGCCGACCCGCCGCUGGAGCGCAACACGCGACAGGCGGGCGCCGCCUUCCAGCUGCAGGACUCGGCGCCGUUCGUCGACGUCGGGGACAACUCCGUGUUCGGUCGCCUUCGAGAUCUCAUAUCCUCCAGUGUUCCAUUGAUGACUCCGGAAACGCCGCAGAAGUUCACAAAUUUGCUACGUGCGCUCAGGCGGAAAUAUGAGAACCCCCUUCACAUGUCCGACAACUGCACAGAUUGUGCGACCUUCGGAAAGGAGGUGAUGGACUCGGCGGCGCGAACGGCCGUGCUGCAGUGCGGCUCGGCCGCCUGCCUGCGCGAGGUGGCCGCCAUGGUGCGCUCGGGCGAGCUGACGGGCGCUCGGCUCACGCCUCUCUACCUCACCUGGCACUGGACGACGAUCCGCGAUGUUGAGAGCGCGCACAGCAUGUACUCGCUGUGCGAGCUGGCGCCUACGCGCUGGUGUCUGCUGGGCCUGGCGGGCGCCCUGCGACGCAGCGCCGCCGCCGGGCCGCGGCUCACGGCCGUGGUUGACCGGUUGCGCCGCACCGCCGUCGACAUGAUCGGAUCGCGCUGCGAGGGCGGUGACACCGCCGUGCUGAUGGCGCUCAAGACGCUGAGUAACCUGGGCGACCUGGCACUGGACGACUUCGCCACGCUGUCGGUGGUGCGGAGCUGUGCCUCGGAGCCCAGCCGGCCGGUGCUGGUGGCCAGCGAGGCGGUGCGCACGCUUGACAGGGCCCGGCUGCCGCCCAAGUUCGCCACCGUCCUCCAGGACCUGUACAAGGACGAGCGGCACGCGCUGGUCACGCGCCAGCUGGCCUACCUGGCCCUGCUGCGCCGCUUCCCGACGGAGCGUUGGUUUCGCAUGGCGCUGAGGUGGGCGACGGCCCACCCUUCCGACGCGCUCUCGACGUUCGUGAUGCGCCACUUCAAGCGCUUCCCGCGCACCGACCCGCGCCGCGCGCUGACUCGGCGCGUGGCGGCCGCGCUCUCCGUCGACCUGGAAGCCGUCACGGACGGCCUCUUCAACUCGCCGAGCGUGUCGACAGUGCGCGAGCUGCGUCUGGACCGCUGGCUGCAGAUGGCGCUGCCGUCGGUGCCGGCGCCCGAGGCCGGCGUGCAGCUGUGGCGGCUGCACGGUGCCUCGUUCCUGCCGCACCUGCUGCUGCUCAACACGACGCUGCGGCUGGGUGGCGGCGGCGCUACGCCGCUGCAGCUGGAGCUGCGCGCCGUUGACUUCGAGCGCUUCUUGCACGACCUGGUGCGCGACCCCGAGUUCGAUUUGACGACGGCGCGCGGCGCGCUGCGCGAAGUGGCGCAGGCGGUGCUGGCGGCGUUCGGCGGCUGGUUCGGCGGUGUCAGCUUCGUCAGCGCUUCUGGCGCGGCCGCGCCUGGCCAGCUACGCCUGUCGCCGGACGUCUCCGCCUGGCUACGGCGCCUGUUGCAGGCGUACCAGGCUCGCACAGCGCUGCCCGACGGCCAGCCGCGAGCUGUGCUUACCGUCAGCGUAAUGGGCAGUCAGCUGGCGUACCUGACGGCCGAUGACGUCAUCAGCCGGCUGGAGGCGUUCGACCCGCCGCCAGAGCCCAUCCACGUCCUCGGACGCAAGCUUUUCCACUCAGAGACCAUCUUUAAAUUCCUGGAGGGACAGCACAGGGUGGCGCUGGCGGUCGGUCUGCCGCUGCAGAUGUUCGCGGACGGCACGCUGGCGGCCGGCGCGGCGGCCGAGAUCUCCAGCCGCCUCGGCCGGUCCUACCGCAACAUGUCGGAGGCGUUCAACGGCGACGCCCAGCUGUCAGCCAGUGUCGGCCUAAGCGUGGUAGUGGGUCUGGAGGUGGCUCUUCCGCCGUUCGCUCGCACCGGCCUCCAGCUCAACUCCACGGCGUACGCGCCGUUCAGUCUGAACGUGUCGUACGCUGUCAUGAACAGGACGGUGCGGCUGACGGCGCCAAAACCGGAUAGGAAGCGCACGCUGCUGCUGCUCAGCCACGGCGCGCAGCUGCGGCAGGGAGAGGCGCUGCGCCCGUCGCCGGCGGCCGACGCGCGCGCCGUCCACUGCCUGCCGCAGGCUGUGUACACGGGCCUGUCGGUGUGUCGUGAGCUGCGCACGGCCGGCCGGCUGGGCCUCACCGCCCCGGUCAUCUAUCACGUCACGGCCGAGAACACCGAGCAGCACCCGUUCGACACGUACACGCUGGACGUGUGGACGACGGCGCGCGAGGACGGAUACCAGCACGGCGGCCUGGCGCACGUGUACCUGCACCGGCCGGCGGCGCGCGCUGCCGACCUCCGGCUCCGGCUCGGCUUCCGACUGAUGCCCAUCAACUACAACCCGCUGCUGUUCCACCGCGGUCAGAAGGCCAACACCACGCUGGAGCUGGUAGUAGGAGAGGAAGACAAGCCUCUGUGGUAUGUGUACCUGAUUCGAGCUCACACUGAGCAGGAGGACGUGUUGUUCUCGGAGUCUCGCGGCUGGUUGAUGGCGCGCGGCAAGACCUUGCUCAGCGCCGAGAUGACGCGCGAGCAGCUGCUGCCGUGGCUGGCCCCGACUGGCCGUCGGGACAACCUGUAUAUCCACCUGAUGAGGACGGGCCACCACGUGCGGUACAAUCGCCGGUACAGCGCGUGCAGUCGGCCCGAUGGCGAUGUUCAGUUCUCGGCCGACCUCUCCUACGCCACGGCAUUCCACAGCGGCCCGCUGCUACGGCUGCUGCCUCCGCAGUUCUACGACGCCGACAAGCAGACGGCCUGGCUGCGGCUGAACCUCAGCCGACAGGUGACGGCCAACGACGAGGUAAGCUGGCCGGCACCGGGCGCCGACCAGCCGGCGUCGGCGGCACAGGCUGCGGCACUGAGGCACCUCACCGCAGCCACGGUCGGGGUCACACUAGCCGGCCUGCUCAACUGGACAGCGACGGCCGACAGCAGCGCACGGCUGGUGGCCAACCUGAGCUCGCUGGAGACGCGUACCGGCCGCACGCUCAUGUACACGGCCGCCAGCGGACGCUACGACCGCCAGAUCGAGGGAGGCGUCGUGACUGAUGGGCUACAGGCGGCGCUGAGCUACCCGGGCACCCAGUACGAGGGCCGGCUGCGACUGGACCGGGACGACUACUCGUUCAACCAGAGCUCGCGGCUGUGGUGGUCGCGGCACGACCUGGAGCUGAGUUCUCGCCUGGAGGCGGACAACAGCGCCUCCGCGCUGCAGGUGUACGCCGACCUGGCGCUCAACCGGCCGGCUCCGGCCGUGACGGCCCGCUCGCCUGCCGCAGAGGUCGGCUUAGCCGGCAUGGAGCGCACCAUCACACAGAGCUCGGCGUCGCCUGUCUGGGACCUGCUCGACCACCAGCUGCAAGGUACUGUGCGCACCGACUGCCUCAACUGCUCGACUCGCCAGCGAGAUCUGGACCUGAAGCUGGAGCACAAGUGGCUGCGCCUGCGUUCGUCCUCCAGCCGACAGCUGGACGACAGUGGCGCCGCCGCCGGAGGCGUGCAGAAGCUCGACAUCCAGCUGGACAGCACGGCGGACUUCCUGCCGUCGAUGAGCUGCAAGCUGCGGCCGGAUGGGGACCUGCACCUGGCGCUGACACUGCCUGCCCUCGGGCCGCCGCCCAAACUGGACGUCCGCUACACGCUGAAGCCGCCCAGCAGGUGGCAGAAAGUGUUUGUGCGCGCCCUGGAGGUGGACAUCAGCGACGGCCGGCGCGGCCGACCGGUGCCGGCGCUCCGGCUCUCCCUAGAAACCACGCCCGCAGACCCGUCUCGGCUCAGCGCCGAGCUGGAGGCGCAGCCGUCGCUCUGGUUGGCGGCCGGCUCGGCGCUCGUGCAACGUCUGCGGGCGACGGUGGGCGAGGCGCGGCGCGCCCUGCUCCGGCCCGACUACGGCCUCAACGUGCUGCUGCGUCCGCUCACCGGCACUGACACGCUCGCCGACUGGCUAUACACGCUGCCCGCCAAGCGCGCCAGCGGUAUGUUUGUCGGCCGAGCGGCGCCGACCGUCGGCAGCUUCUCAGCCGUGUGCUCUCACCCCACGCACCUCACGCUGGCUGGCUCGCCCUCACGCUGA